AUGGAUGUCCUUUUAAAUGUAAAUAAUCAGUCUAAUGGACGAGAUAAACUUGCAAGGCUAGUCCAGUAUGCCAGUAGACUAGUAUGGCAUCAGCUGGAAAAAAAACAUGCUAAUAAGUAUUCCAUUGAACGAAUCAAAGGCUUGGAAAAUAAUCUUAGUUCAUUUAGAAAAGUUCUAAGAUUAGGAAGAUGCAUAGAUAUAUCUUAUGCAGCAUUAAAUACUAUUCACAUACAGGAUCCAUUCUUAAGAAUGUCUCUGACAGUUAGUAAAAUAGCCCAUGCACUGUUUUUGUAUGCUGAUCAUAUAGUGUGGCUAACACGAAGUGGCUUUCUUAAAACUGAUUCAGAACAAUGGAAUCGCACAGCAAAUAAAUUUUGGCUGUUGUCAAUAACUGCAAACUUAGCAAGAGAUGUAUAUGAAAUUCUACAAGUCUUACAGUUAAACCAAACUACAUUGCUUAAGCCUUCUGAAUUAUUAAGGGGACCUGUUAAAAGUUUUGAUGUUAAUGCUUGCAUAAAACAUUUAUAUGCUAUUAUUUAUUGCCAUAAAGAUAUCUUUAUAGAUACUAUAAAAAAUUCAUGUGAUAUUUUUAUACCACUGACUGCACUGGGUUUAACUAAAUUGAACCCGUCAGCUAUUGGUGCUCUAGGCACGGUUUCUUCACUUGCUGCACUUAUAACUAUAGUAAAACCAAUUACUAAACUUGUACCAGCUUAA